AGAUGUGCAGAAAAAGACAUUUGUUAACAUUGAGACGAAAGAAGAAAUAUCUCAAAAUGACCAAAUUCUCCUUCAAAUCAACUUUAAUUGAUUUCAAUAAAUCAAACAAGCAGCUGUUUAUAUAUGUUUUAGCAUUUUGCUUCUCUGAAUUCGAUGUCGACUGCUGCAGAUUUUGUAACAAGGAAAAUAACAUCGGUUUUCUUCGGAAGCACGUGACAAGUUUAGGAUUCCCACUUUUCAAAGAAAACGAUGAGAAUAUUUGGGUCACUGACCGAAUUUCACACAUCUAGCCUUCAGCUUCGGAUCGGUAGUUUCCUUAUCCGAUAAGCCGAAGUUUAAAUACAAAACGAGUAAAUCUUACUUUUGUUACAACGUGUUUAACUUAAAUUACCAAUGUGAUAUCAUUUGCAAUGAUUGGAAAUUGUCGUCUACUGAUGCUUCAUAUUUUGGGAUCAUCUUUAAACGGGAUAUAAAAACUGAAUUCGAGACUUAACGUAUCAUGCAUGACACCAUGUCAACACGCAUGAAUGUUCUUACUUGGAGUUAAAUGUGACAUUUUAAAGAACGUUCCAUCGCCUAGAUAUCAGCAGGAUGUCUACCCUUGAUGAGGUGAUUUACGAAUAUGCCAAACGGCAUCUUGGAAAUGUUAUCGUCUUAGGGAUACUUUUUUUGCCAGGCAUUUUCGGAAACAUUCAUAUCUUUCACUAUUACUUCUUUAAAAAACCAAAGAACUCAACUCGGUUGUUUACCCUCUUUCUCGCAGCUCAGGAUUUGAUUACAUGCAUUUGCUUUCCAGCAGCUAUGAUCAACUUUGCCAUUCCAAUAAAAGUUUCCAAAGAAUUUGACAUGUUAUGUCGAUUUGGGUUUUAUGCUUCCGGCGUGAUGAUAAAGGGUCAAGCUCUUACCCUCCAUUGGACAUUGCAGUGGACCGGUACAUGCACCUGUGCAAGCCGUUUGGACACCAGAUAACUGUCAAAGCUGCCAAGAUAGUGUGUGUUAUAAUAAUAUUGAUAGCUGCUUUUUCUACUCUCCCUGUGCUUAUCAUAUUUUCUAGCACAGAAGUUCCAGAAAUACACCCAGACGCCUACCAAUGUAAAGAGUCAAAGGAAUACCAGGGCUCGCAUUUAGUAAAAAGUUAUAACGGGAUUAUGGUGACUUGUUCUAUUGCCGCAUUCUCGUCAUUGUCAGUACUUUACGUCCUCAUCGUUGUACGACUUCGGCGAUAUCAAGCCAACGUUAACAACAUGAAGCAGAAGGGACCAUGCAAGGACACGGAACCAGGUGGUGAGACCGCACAAUUACGAGGACAAGAAAUCGAAAUGGCGGCAAAAGAAAUGACCAACAGAGAAUCGGAAGGCAUGAGUGACCAAUCAGAGAGCAUACAGGUCCAAACAACGGCCACAAGCAAUGAAGAGGACGAGGUUAGUUCCGAACAUGAAACUGAAAUAAUGAAGGCCUGUUACAUCAAUUACAAGAGGAUAUCACACGUCGCUCCGUUAAAAGAGAAGGAAAUUAAAAAUUUCAAUAAGAUCAAACGGGCGAUAUACAUGUUUACCGUUGUAACGGUUCUCUAUGUAUGCAGUUUCGUGCCUUACCCAUUGAUGCGUUUGGCCGAACAAUUCUAUGCCGAAGAGGUGAGAGCUCCAGUAGAGAUAACACGCUGCCUCUUUUAUCUUAAUAAUGUGUGCAAUUCCUUCAUCUAUAUGAUCUUUGACUCUGUGUACCGACAGGAAUUGAAAACAUUCUAUAGCAAGAUAAUGUGCCGACGACGAUAAACAAUUUUUUCAAAAGCAGAGGUUUCCAGAAAAGCGGGAAAAACAUUCGAAGUACUACGUUGUUGAUUGUCUUCAAACUUUAGACAAACAAUUGCGUGAAUGCGAAAGAACGUAAAGUGUACUUCAUCCACGCGUGAAGCAAAUUUGUAAUAGUCGACUUUAAAUCAGAUUUGUAAAAAUGUAUGCAAAUUACAGGCCUGCAGUUUUUUAUAUGUAUGAAAAGUCCCUGAACACUUUCUAUAUAAUUGUUUCAAGUGUGUUUCGAUGUAGGACACAAAGACUCGUCUGCCGUGACUAAAGAGUUAACCCCUUUCCCUGAUAAAAACGCCUUAUAAAGCCUUUUCAAUAGAUGGUUUUUAAAAGCAUUGAUAUAAAAAAAUAAUUUGCACAAGUCUCGAUAUUUUCCCCUUUUAUUAUUGAAACGCACACUUGUUUCAUAGACAGUUUGCCUAUUUCUUUGUUUCUUUAUACGUCAUGUUGUCUGCUUCAUUUUUUAAGCAGGGAAUUACUACAUAAAUAUAUCAAGUCUCUCCCAUAAUAGUACAACAGAUUGUUGUGUUCCUUCGAAAAUGAUGUUAAGUCAGAUUAUUUCACGUUGAGGUUACGUCCUCUCCGAAUAAAGCAAGUCGAUUUGUCCAUUCCGUAACCGAGGUUAUACACCUUUUAGCCUGCUCAUCUCAAAUGAUUAUGCUUACGAAUGCUAAAAUACCAACAAUUGUUGGGAUUUUAGCAUUUUUGAGAAGGAUAAAUAACUCUGUUUUGUUGAGUUGAGUAUGAAAAAAAGUUAAAUCAUCUCGCUGCCUGAACGACCCCAUUUGGAACAUUCUGUUGCAAUACUCGUUUGUUUUGAUAUACUACUGUUACCUCGUAAUCCUUGAUAGGUCAAAUAACCGGAUAUCUUAAUAUCGAUAUAAGUGAUCAAUCACUUCCAAAAUUUGAAAUACUUAUCCUUUAAUGCAAUUUAAAUCAAUCAAACGAGGCGCUAUUGUUAUGAGUAAUAUAUGCUUUGUGAUAAUAAUUAUGACAUGCGUUCGGAUUGAUUCCUAUGUCCUAUGGAGUAAACGGUGAACCCUUUAUCUAAAAUAAACGCUUAACGACGCCAUUAAACAAGACACUCGUAUGCUUAUCUCACUCGUUUUUACGCGGAAAUCGAAGUGCACUCGUGCAUUAUUCCGCGCUAUUCAAAGCUGAACCAUUGAAUAUAACAUGCAUUUCUAGCUUUCGAUUUAUAGGAUAACCGUUGUCAAUCAAUCGUAACACUUCGUCCUUCCCGGAGUCUCCGUAAAUAGUGGACUCGUUCCUAAUGUCCACCAGUUUGAAGCGUUAGAAGUUAGCUUUGAAAACGCAGUAUUUCAUAUGAGAUCUUAUUGAGUUAAACUUAUUUAUUUCACUUGGAUUGUAAGGGCAGUUUGAAGCUUAUAUUACUCACUCUCAAUAUGUGAUAGAGCUAAUUAAGGUGUUUAUCAACCCUUUUCCUAAUACAAACGUUUUCUGCUGCCUUUUGGUAAGGCGAGAUUUACAAAAGAAAAUAAGAUAAAUAUAAAAUUUUCUCAAGAUAAUCAAAGUCUCCUCUAUUCUAAUUUUUCCUGUUUGAAAUAUUUCAACAUACACAUUUUCAAAGAAUUUCAGUUCAUGUUGCCUGUUGGAGAAUUUGGUAAACAGGGAAAGGGUUACGAAUGACAAUUGUGAAUGAAUUUCAGUACAUGGUAUUAUCAAUAGAUAAACCAGAAAUUUGAUAACACGCUAUGUUUAACCCAUUACUCCAUAUAUUUAUCAACAGUUUGAUCAAUUACUAGGGUUCAAAGAGUAAAUGUUUGACUAUGUAAUGUAAAUAAAUGGUUGAAUCCAUUAAACAUGAAAAUGUGAUUUGUGAGUAGUGGGCCGGGUCACAACAUUUUAUAUAAAAAUCACAAAUUACAUUUUCACUUUGAAUGGGCUGGAUAUAUUAUCUAGUUAACAUUUAUUCUUUGAACACUCAUAAUUGAUACAACUGUUGAUAAACUGUUUGGGUUCAUGUAAAGCACUUUAUCAUUUACCAAUUAUAGCUUGACUAGGGCAAGCGAUAAGACAGCAUCACGAGCAAAUCCUUAUUUUGUCAUAAUUGUGUUUUAGGUCUACUGCUACAGAUGUGAGUAUACCGGUAUAAGGGUAAAAAACUGUCCAUUGACAGUGUGUUGACAAUUUGGCUCCGUGUGAAUGAAUAGUAUUUAACCAAGUAUCAAACUAUCGCUGGAGUUUACUAAUUUGUUGCAGACGACUUCAGACAUCAUAUUGAUAAAAAAGGAAAUUUUUCAUAAUGAGCAACAUCUCUUUUUAUCACGGAGAGUUUAAUAAGCAAUGUUCCCUCUCUCACAAUGGUGCCUAUCGAUGCUUUAAAGCAAUUUCUGAUUGUUGUACAUAAAACUUAUAUUUAAUUUUGUAUGCGUGACUAUAUGUAAAUAAUUGUGUACAAGUAUAUAAGUAUGUAUUUGAAUAAGUCGUCGGUUUGCUUUAAAAGGCACAUAACUUAUGCUUCCCACAAGCUGGGGCUGUGGGCCUUUGGAAGCAAAGCCACGAUAUAUGUGGCUACAUAUAUAACUAGCCUACAUUUUUAAUAUAUCAUAUCUUUGACAUCAAAACUUAAGGUCACUAUUUUUGUAUCUGAUAUAUAGAAUUACUUUUGGGAAGAAUGAAACCCAAACGUAAUCUAUGCUUUUUAUUAUAUCCACCUACUCCAAACCUCAAUUUGGGGCGGGGACAUAUUGUUUUUUCCCUGUCUGUAUUUUCUAACUACCCUUGCAUCAAAUAUGUGCAAACCACCAAUGACACCAGAAAUCCAACCAUUGUUAGUGAGUAUAGACGCAUUAUUUGGCUCGCUGUAAGCUAUCUUUUCGAUGAAACAAUUAUUUCAUUUUGUAUAAUUCCGAGGUAUCGCCUUUGUUUUAUUUUUUACCAUUCUGGCCAUUUUUGAUGCUAGUGUUUAUUGUUAUUUUUUGGUUAUACUCUCCCAAAUAUCUGAACGAUAUUUUCGUGCAAAUACUGCGUUAGAUUGUGAAUUUGAUUAUUAUCAUUAAUUUCAGUAAAAAUUGUAUUGAUUACAGGUAUAUUUUCAUCGUUAUUUACAAAUUUAAUUCUUGUAAUUGGUCCAUAUCCAAUAAAAAAAAAUCCUUUUUUUAUACUUUUGAAAGUUAAUAGUAUUUACUGUUAGAAAACUAAAAUAAAUCCCAGCAAGAUCAGAGAAUGCGAUCCAUUCAAGUAUUUUAAAUUGAAUAAUGAAAUUUCUAAGGAAUGUGUCGUGGCGUUUUAGUAACUUAUCGGUUACGCUAAGAUCACGUCGUAAGGUAAAAGUGAAAUUACCCGCUCUAUCUCCGGGCAAAGGGCUGUAAUGUAUGAUAUUGCUGGUUGAUUUGAACAGGGAGAUUAUUUUUUCUCUGUAAUUUCUAUUGGACAAUGACCAACAAUGGAUGUCUUUUAAAAGACUGCACAAAUUAGUGGAUGACCUUUUUUGAAAAUUCACUCACACGACAGACAAAAAAUUGAUAAGAUCCUUUGUCUCUUACUCAUAAUGUUAUACAUAAAGUUUUGUAGUGCCUCAGCAAUCGCGUCUCACAGGUUAUGUACUCUUUAUUUUUAUAUUUAUAUUGUUAUUCAAACAUGUAUAUAAUUGUACAUAUAAGCGACUGUUAAUACGAUAGCUGAUUCUAAAAACGAAAAUAAUUAUUCUCUUUUAUUCUUUUCCUAAUUUGAUUAUAAAAGUAAGAGUUUUCUAGCAAAAUUUUUAAACAAAUAUUGUAUACUUAUUAUUACUUAUAUACUUAUUAUUUAUUUAUCUAUAUGCUGUUUUAUACAAAAAACACAACUCAUCUGUAAUGAUGUAAACACAUAUUACUUUAAUGGAUCGAGAACGGAUGCUAUUUUUCUUUUAUGUUUUUUUAAUCGUACCUCUUUUUUUCUUUUCUUUUUUUUUAAAUUUAAGUGUGUCAUUUUUCUAGUCACGUAAAUAUGGCUAUCAAACUCGUAAACUUACAACGGAUAUUCCCUCCUAAUAAAAUCACUUGGUGUUCAUUUAGAAGGACUUGUCUUGUAACUUAUUGAUUUACGAGUUGUGGUAUUUUCAAGAUAUUGGACAGGAUAAGGUAUUCAUUUGAAAUGUUAAGUAGAGAUUAAAUGACAAUUGUAUUCAAAACCGGCAUGAAAAAUUGUGCACACCAAGCAGAGUCAAUUUAUGAAAACAUUACCAUGUAAAAAUGUCAACUUUGUCUAGAUUUGUGCACAAUACAUUAAAAUGCUCUUCGAAUAGAUUAAAUGUAAAAGUGGGAGAUGGACCUGUUCCCGUUCAUUUAGGCAAAAGAAAGUGUAAUAUGUGUAAUACAUAAGAAGAUGAAUAUUACGUUGUUUUAUAGUGUAGGAUUUAUUCAGAAUUAAGAUUUCAGUACAUACCAUAUUACUACUGACACCGACCUUACAUUAUCAAAUUUCUUGAAUGACUAACAACUUAAAAUAAACCGUUGCUAAACAAAUUAUGCUGUUACAUCUAUAAAUCAUUUGUAGUUUAGGAUAGUAAUACAUAUGUUCGAUUUGAUUAAUGUAUAUAUAAACCGGUCGUUGUAAAUUUACUGUCAAAAGUGUAUUUGAAUACCUUUUAUUAAGUGUCAAUAUUAUCUUUUUAGUGAAGGUUACUUUAAUGUAUCGUGCCUGUUUAUAAAUGUAUUCAACGAAAAUAUAGCUUCAAUAUAUUUUGCAAUAUAUUUAUGGUUUAUUAAAUGCUUAUCAUAUUUGUUUAUGCACGUAUACCAUGUUCGAAUAUCAGCCUUUGGGCUGCCUAUUAUUUUGUUUCGUUUAGGUAGUAAGCAUGGGCUAGUGAUAUUGCUAUUGUUACAUGCGUGAGCUAUAUUAUAGUAUUGUUAUAUAAGUAUAAACAUGUAUAUACUGCUGUGUAUAGUGCUAUCAUAAGCAUGUACAUCAUAACAUGAAUUUAGUAUCUUUGAUUAAGAAUAAAGUAUAAUUAUAGUAAUAACAAUUAAUAUUACUACAAUUACAGUAUUCAUAUUAAGACCUUGUAUGUGUACAAUAAAUAUAUUUGAUAAAUUGAUGUUAUUAAGUAGCGUUAUUACAACUAGACAUAAUAACACAUAUUUGAGUAUAGAUAAACUAUCGACAGUUAUUAAUACUUUAGUCCAAUAUUUAAUAGUCAAUGAAUAUAUAAUUGCAAUAUAAACGUAUUUUUACUUUGUAUUACCACCACUAUUAACUUUGUAAACACUGUACGCUUUCUUUGUCCACUUGGGCUUUUUGGCUUCCUUGAUCUAUUAUUCAAUAAACUUCUCAAAACCUG